AAUUAAUUUGCAUCUUUUAGCCUUUGGUUGCAUAACUUAGUCUUUAACAUAACUCAUUCACUCACUACUCAUUGCCAAUGGAUUCUUGUCCUCCAAGAGACAACCGGAGGCCGAUGUUCAAAUCAAAAACACCCCGUUUUUUCAAGAUUAUUCUUGAUGAACAUGCAAAAUUUUACAUUCCAAGAAAAUUUGUCAGACUCUACGGAAACGAUCUGUCGAGUUCAGUAGUCCUGAAAGUUCCAACCGGUGCAAAAUGGAAACUAGAAUUAGUCAAAUCUGAUGGUGAGAUUUGGUUCCAGGAGGGCUGGCCGGAGUUUGUCAAGUUUUACUCUAUAGCUUACGGGUUCUUUCUAGUUUUUGAAUGCACUCAAACAAAUUCUGAAUUCAAUGUAAUUAUAUUUGAUAAGAGUGCUUUAGAAAUAGAUUAUCCCUUAGGGAUCUCCAACAGAAACAAUCAAAAAUCUAAUCGUGAACAAGAGAUUCGUCAAGAAACUGAAAUCUUGAAUCCUAAACCAAAAGGGAAAUCACCAAUUUUAUUUCCUCAGCCUCCUAAUAAGAAAAUAAGGCUUAAGGAGUCCACAGGAAAUAGAGCACAAACAUUGACACCUCAGGAAAAAGCUGAAGCAAUCAAAAGAGCAGCUUCUGAUUUUAAAUCUGAAAAUCCUUACUUUAUGGUUGUAAUGCAGCCAAGUUUUCUUCACUGUGGUGAUAAUUAUAGACUGAGUAUACCAGCAAGCUUUGUAAAGGAAUAUUUCCACAAGAAACAAGGCAGUGCUAUGCUUAGUACUAUUGAUGGGAAUUUAUGGGCUGUUGAGUAUAAUCAUUACGUCUCCAGUGGUUUUUGGGUAGCAAAAAUCAAUCGAGGUUGGAAAGAAUUUGCAAUCGGAAAUCAUUUGGAAAUUGGUGAUGUUUGCGUCUUUGAACUGAUCGAUGACACUAAUACUACAUUGAAAGUCGCCAUUUUUCGACGUAUCAAAGAACCUACUGGGAGCCCAUCACUUCGAAACGACAAGAAAAUGAAAGAUGAAGAGAAUUUUGGCGAUGAGAAGACUGUCCAAAGGCAUUUAUGCUCAAAUUUUUCUAAAGCUGUUGAAGCUGCCAACAAAUUUACAUCCGUGAAUCCGUUCUUCAAAGCGAAUAUAUCAUCUGGCGCUAGCAUAGUGUAUGUGCCAUCUGAAUUUGUGAUGAAAUGCAGCAAGAAAAGAACAGUAUGGUUACAAAUUGGGCACAAAAAGUGGGCUGUCAAAUUAAUUAUCAACCAUUCAUCUUAUCGUAAGGGUUGUUUGUCUGCAGGAUUCAGUUUAUUUGCAAACGAAAAUUGUCUGAAAGCAGGAGAUGUUUGCAUUUUUGAGUUGAUCAAUUCUGAAUUGCUUCUGCUCAAAGUAACCGUUUUCAGAAAUACUGUGGAGUAACUUCUUGAAUACCUCCUUUUUGUAGUGAGGAAGAGAUUUAACUCUACUAAUUCCCACUAAUUUGUAUUAAUUUAUAUGCUGAAACGGAUUUGGUAAUGCUAAUCAGCUCUAUGGUUCUGUAAUUA